AUGGCGCAACAGGAGGGCUCGCUGCUGGCCAUGAUCGUGGACCAGGACACCGCCACGGGGAUGCUGCUGACGGGCAUGGGACACAGCGACCUGCGCAAGCGCACCAACUUCUUGAUAGUGGACGAGAAGACCACGCAGCAGCGGAUAGAGGAGGCAUUCCGGGAGUUCACCAACCGGGAGGAUGUGGCGGUGCUGCUGAUCAACCAGGUCAUCGCCGCCACCAUCCGCCACCUGCUGGACGGCUACACCAAGCCCGUGCCCGCCAUCCUGGAGAUCCCAUCCAAGGACGCCCCCUACGACCCCAGCCAAGACAGCGUGCUGCAGCGCGUGCGCUUCAUGUUUGGAGAGUCGUGA